AUGUCCUUUAUUGACUUGUUUCAAGCUAACGAAAAUAAUAAAAAACAAGCAAAACCUAGAUAUUCUCAAUCUACUUAUUGGGGAAGGUUGAGACAUUUUAUUGAUAUCACAGAUCCAAGGACUCUUCUUGUUUCACGUAAAGAACUUGAACGAUGUAAACAGCUGUUGGAAAAUAAAAGCGAACAUACCCACACUGACCCUGAGAAACUCUGGAGAGCCAAGAAAAUUGUCGAUUCAACCAUUCAUCCAGAUACGGGUGAACCUGUGUUUUUGCCUUUUAGAAUGUCAAGCUUUGUGCCAACAAACAUGAUCCUUGUCGCUGGUAUGUUGUUGCCUAACCCAAGUAUUAAAAGUAUCAUCUUUUGGCAAUGGGCCAAUCAAAGCGUUAAUGUCGCGUUCAAUUCAGCCAACGCAAACAAGACCACACCUAUGAGUAUAAAGGAAACAGGAAUUGCUUAUGCCUCUGCCGUGACAACUUCUUGUGCGAUUGCUGUUGGAUUAAACCAAGCUGUACCACGUCUCAAUUUAUCUCCGUCCAUCAAGUCUUUAUGCAUGAAACUAGUUCCAUUUACUGCUGUUGCUGCUGCUGGUACUGUGAAUGUCUUUUUGAUGCGAGGCAAAGAGAUUAGAGAUGGUAUUGAUGUGUUUACAAAAGAUGGUGACAAGGUCGGUAAAUCCAAAAAGGCUGGUAUGUCCGCCGUUUCGCAGGUUGCCAUCUCUCGUGUGCUCACGAAUGCACCUGUGCUUAUCAUACCACCUCUUUUACUGGGUCGUAUUCAAAAAACAGAAUUUAUUAAAGCACGUCCACAUUGGAUCACUCCUAUUAACUUUGGAUUGAUUGCAUUGUCAUUAAUGACAGCUCUUCCUGCAGCAAUAGCCGUAUUCCCUCAGACUGGGGAGUUAGAUACCUCUUCUAUGGAAAAAGAAUUUCAGAGCUUAAAAGACGAGGAUGGUCAACCGAUCCGUCAGCUAUACUUUAACAAGGGUCUCUAG